UCUGAGGAGGCAGCCUGGGAGGUCACUGUCACACUGGGGCUUUCCCAAACCAAGGCUGGAGAGAGGAAUGGAGCCCUGGCGCCCCAGCCCAAGAAACCCAAUGGACAGGAUAGAUCCUAAGACCUUCCGUUUCCACUUUCCAAACCUGCUCUAUGCUUCUGGGCGGAAACUCUGUUAUCUCUGCUUCCAAGUGGAGAGAGAAGACUACUUCUCGUGUAAUGACAGCGACUGGGGAGUUUUUCGGAACAAGGUCCAUCCCUGGGCUCGAUGCCAUGCAGAACAGUGCUUCCUCUCUUGGUUCCGUGACCAGUAUCCAUACCGUGAUGAGUAUUACAAUGUCACCUGGUUCUUAUCCUGGAGCCCCUGCCCCACCUGUGCAAAGGAGGUGGUCGAGUUCCUGGAGGAGUACAGGAACUUGACGCUGAGCAUCUUCACCUCCCGCCUCUACUACUUCGGCCACCCAAAUUACCAGCAGGGGCUUCGCAAGCUAUGGGACGCAGGGGUCCAGCUGGACAUCAUGUCCUGUGAUGAUUUCGAAUACUGUUGGGACAACUUUGUGGACCACAAGGGAAUGCACUUCCAGAGAUGGAAUCUGUUAAAUGAUUGUGAUUUCCUGGCUGCAGAGCUUCAGGAAAUCCUUAGGUAAGUGCAUGCUCAGCCUCCUGUGCCUCUGCUGUUCCUUGCGUCUCCCACCGCCGCACCUCCCUCACCAGCGCCUCAGGUCUCCACCCCCUCUGCCCCACCCCUGCUUCCUCCUGUGCAUCCUCCCUCCUCCCUCAAGGCCUCCUUCUCCCCCAUGAGGGAGCCCCCAGCCUGGUUCCUCCCAUCUCACCACAUUCACCUUCUUGUUAAUAAACUGAAUGUAAAUGGGCUUGA